AAAGUCUAUUUUAUUGUUAAUUACAUAAAUCAUUGUCCAAGUGCGUAUGUACUCAAAUUAUUUUAUUUUUAAAAUAAUUAAAUUUAAAAAAAUGAUUUACAAAAAAAUUUAAAUUAUCAUUUAAAAGUGCGCGAGUGUUAUGUGUCUUGUGUACACAUUAAUUAUUCAUUUAUUGUUUACAAAUAAUUUAUCCUCCUGUUUAUUGUUGAUCUGUUUAAACUUUUAAUAAUUUUCGACAAUCAUGGAUAAGAGUUGUAAUAAUUUUAUUAGUUAUGUUGGAAUGGAAGAGCAUGAGAUGCAGCAAAUAAAUUCUGAGAGGAGGAAUUCAGUGAAUGAUAAUAAUGUUAAACUAUUGGCUGGUGAAGUUCUCAUUGCAGAAGCACAAAGUGUCUUGAUGUUUUCACCAGUUGGUGAUUUAAAACAGGGUAUUUCUGGAGUACUUGCUGUCACUAAUUUCAAACUGUCAUUUAUUACAAGCGAUGAUUCCAAUGCUGAGGACCUAAAUCAUCAGCAAAAUCAUUUCUACGGUUACACAGACUCAUGUCUGACAAAUAUUGAUGAAAUUUACUUAAUAAUGGGUGAUAAGAAACGUAAAUUAGUCCCUGGUAGUACAGUUCCCUCUAAAGUUAAGGGAAUUUUCAUUGUUUGUAAAAAUUUUAGGACAUGGUCAUUUUCAUUUAAAUUUUCUCCAGUCGGGCAUGGAAAAAAUUUACUGACUACUCUUCUGCAUCAUGCGUUUCCACGAAGGCAUCAAUUGUUAUUUGCUUAUGAUUACAAAGAGCCGUAUUACAGCAGCGUAGAUAAAAAAGUUAAAUUGUUUCGUAGUAUGAGUGAUUGGCAGAACGAAUUAAAUCGCACCUCGUGUAAUAAUGAGCAUACCAAAAGAAAUUGGAGAUUGUCUUCUGCUAAUUUACGUUAUCAAUUAUCAUCCAGCCUUCCAGAAUACAUAAUAGUGCCAGCAUCAGUAACAGAUAGUCAAUUAACUGGCGCGGCCUCGCACUUCCAAGACAACCGUCCUCCAGUGUGGUCUUGGACAAACAAUCGUGGAGCGACUUUAGUUAAAAUGUCUGAACUGAUACCAACGAUAACAGAACGCACUCAAGAAAAUAUAAUGCUAGAAAAUAUACGAAAAAGUCAUCCGCAGAAACAACCAAUGGCGGUAAUUGAUUUAAAUAAAGACGUUAAUGUUAAAUCUGUAGCCAAUGGAUUUUCAAAAUUUAUUUCUUUAUGCUCACCAGACAAUAUAAGACAGUUUUGGUUACAAGACAAUAAUUUUUACUCGUUAUUAGAAAGCAGUAAAUGGCUGAAAUUUAUUUCUUAUUGUUUGCAAAAAGCUGUUGAAGCCAGUGAGCAUUUAAAUUCUGGUACUUCUGUUAUACUGCAAGAAAAUGCUGGUAGAGAUUUAUGCUGCGUAAUAUCAAGUUUAGUUCAAUUAAUACUUGACCCAUACUUUAGGACAAUAACUGGUUUCCAAACGUUGCUGCAAAAAGAGUGGGUAGCUGCCGGUCACCCUUUCUGUGAUCGUCUAGGUCAUAUUAAUAAACCCAACACCGAAAAGUCUCCAAUAUUUUUGAUCUACCUCGACUGUGUGUGGCAACUAUGCCAGCAAUAUCCAUCAAAAUUUGAAUUUACGGAGACAUAUUUAACAAGCUUGUGGGAUACCGCUCAUGUAUCUAUUUUUGAUACAUUUAUUUUUAAUUGCGAAAGAGAUCGUACCGUUGCUGCGAUGGAUCCAAACAAUCCAUUGGUUCUCAGAAGCGUCUGGGACUGGCGCGAACAGUUCACAGAUCAAGAUAUCCUGCUGUUCUACAGCCCGUUCUUCAACCCGAGUGACGAAGAAAAGUUCCUCAAGCCCCAGUGCAAUGUCUCGAGUCUUGAACUGUGGACCCAGUGCUACUUCCGGUGGAUUCCGCCCCUGGAAAUCCGUAACGGUGGUAAAAAUCACUCUGAACUGUACGUCCGGUUGGUACAGAACAGCAUAAACCAACUGAAAAUAAACGCAAACGGGAACUGCGGGUCUCCUGUUGAAAAAAUAAAUACAUUUCUGGUUCAAAUGAACAUCGAUAGCUUUUAUCCUUUCGGUAACAAACGCUCGGGCAGUACCGUCAGUACUCCGAUAAUGAACAACUCGAUGCUGAUGACUGAGAGUUUUAUUGACGCACAGUCGUUGCUUACUGCACCAGACUGAUAAUUAUUUUUUUAUUACUUAUUUAUUUAAUACAUUGACAUUUUUUUUUUGUCAAUUUUUAGAGGCUCUGAGAUUUUUUUUUUAUAAUUAAUUGAUUUUUUGUAUGGCACAUGAGUGAUUGUUAUUUAAAUGAAUCUAAUCCGUAUGCAGAGUGAGCUGAUGAAAUAAAAAGCAGCUAUUUUUACAUCGGAAACGCUUUUUAAUUAUUAAAUAU